GGCCUUGAAAUCUUCCCAAAACAGAUAACGUUUUUACCCUUCCCCACUCUCCGAAAUCUGCAUUAAAACUCUGUUUAGGCGACAGCUGAGAUUACAGAGACAUAACGUCUGGUGCUUAAAGCGGCCCUCUGCCCCAUUCUUCGCCUCAAAUGCGGGCUUGGCCCAGGGUCACGUGACACCGCCCACAGCUCCGGGCGGAAGAGGCCGGCCCAGCCGAGGGGAAACGCACCGGAAGGCGAGUGGGCGGGCACUCGCGCCCGGCUGAAAGAUGGCCGCCACCGCCCGGCAGCCACCGCCCCGGAGGUUACUCUAGGGCCUGCGGCUUCCGCCCGUGCCCGCGGACCGCCGCCGUCUCCUUACCAUGAAGCCAGUGAGUCGCCGCACCCUGGACCGGAUUUAUUCAGCGUUGCUCCUCGCGGUCGUAUUGCUCUCCUGGGGAUACGUCAUCUAUGCAUCAACUGUAGCUGCACGACGACAGCUAAGGAAGAAAUACCCAAAAUCUUCGGGAUAAAUGAAAAUUUGUAAUUCCUCUGGAUUUGAUUCUAUGCAUAUACAAUUCUUUACCUCAUGCUUAUCUGACACGUGUCUCGAUUUAAAGUAAAAUCUUUAAUAAAAUGCUUCGAAAUUCA